UUUUUCAUCUUUGGAUUUGCUUGUGCUCUUCUUUCACGUUGAUUCGUCCAACUAGUAGGAUAUCUUUUAAAAUAAAUGUCUAAUCUUCUAUCAUUUUUCCUGUCUUACAACAAGAAAGUUUCUAUCUUCUGAUGAACGAAUGAAUUUUCAUUGGGGCUCGGAGGUCCUCUUUCUCCUCAUGGGAGGAAUCCCCGACCCGAAGCAGGAUUCUCUUUCUCUCUCUCCCCUGUUUUAUCGGACUCACCCACAGAAUGCUGCUACUACUCCUACUCGCAGCUGGAUUGACCACGGCUACUACUAUUACUACUACUCGCAUCUAUAUUCAUACUGCUACACCCGUUCUUCAUUGAAUUGGGUAUCUCAUCAUCCUACUCGCAUCUGAUCGAAGCAUCAACAUGGCAACUCAAGUGUUUUCCUCUCGCAAGGAGAGCUCGCCAAGAGCUCGAGGAAGUGGAAGCCAACGACCCGUCCGAUUUCUAUCUAGGAGACCGCCAGACGAAGGAAAGCCGCCAGACGAAGGAAAGCCGCCAGACGAAGGAAAGCCGCCAGACGAAGGAUUGCCUCUUGAAGGUGUUAAGGGUUAUACCACAAUGCAUUCUUCACUAACAUCCUUGACUGUUUGGCAGUAAGAAAAGGGUCAGGGAUUGCAAUGUCGUGUUUCUUAAGGAAGUGCAAUGUCGCAACCUCUAAAGGUGGCAAGCAACAGCAGGAGGAUUAAGGCCGGUGGAAGUAAUAAUACUCUACGUCUGUGGACGAGUGAGUCUGAGGCUGCAUGACGCGAAUAGACCUUGUACCCCAGGACGGGGCUAACUACUAAUUAUACUAGUGGUGGCGCUAGUACUACUAGAAAGGCUACCAUGAUUAGCUAACUGCAGUAGUGCUACUAGUGUUACUAGAAAGUCUUCCAACCAAGGAAGAGGAUGUCGAUCCAAAGAAUUGUAGUACUACUGAGUGGGGUGGUUCUACUUGGCUCUGAUUCUAAGCCAAGCAAGAAGACGUUGUGGUAGACGGUCUUAAUUCUAUCGUCGAAUCUGAAGACACGCUGAAGCAGCGACGCACGCAGUUAAGAGCAUGGCGAACUGCGCUGCGGACGAAGCUCUGGUUAUGAUUUAAUUAUUCCGGCUGAUGAAGGAACUCGUUGAACUUCUACUCAAGGAAGGAAUUAGUAACUAUCUAAUGCAAGCGCCUACAAUCUAAACAAUUCCAUCAUCCUUCUUAUUCCUGCUGAUGAAGAUGAUCCAGUAUAUGGGAGACUUAGAAGAGGCAGAGAAAAUUGUUUUGUCUUCUAAUCUUGCGAGAUUAAGGCGGCCCCUCAAGCAUCCUCAGCGUCAUCCUUGCCCUCUGCAUAACUAGACUGCUCUCUUUUAUACCUCUAGACUGGGUACACUACUACUGCUCCGAAGGUGAAAAAGAAGGUAAGGAUGCUCUCAGGGAUGCAACCGCGGUAGCUCUAACGAGAGCAAAAGCAGUUGCAAGAAUGUCUUGACAGUUUAGAAGCCGAGGCACGUGCGGAGAAGGCGCUAGAGCGUGAGCGCGCUCUCUGGCGAUGCCAGGUCGAAGAUGAAAUUAAGGCUAGGUGGUCUGCAAACAAGCAUUGAUUAUACAUCCUCGAAGAGGAACUAGUCGUGCUGGUCUGAGAAAAGAUGAUUGAAGAGAAAGGAACCAAAAAAGUAUCGGCCAGAGAAAUUUAUUGGCUUUGACUGCUGAAGGUCUGUGUUAUGUUGUCCGCGAUUCUUCUAGUUAGGCUUUCAGGACCACAAUAUUCUGGAGUAGUUAAUACCUACAAUAUCUUCAAGAACAGUCAGCGUAUUUUUAAGUUUCCAAAUGAAUUUCUUUUCUUGGGCAUACUUACUGCUAACUGUGUUAACCCGAACCCCUUGAGGUUGAAAACUUAUAACCCGUUAGCCGGUUGAAUACUGCCCGUAGGUCGUUCACAGUGGUUGCCGUCGUGCUUAAUCGUUUGCGUCGCUCUAGUGCCUGGCCGUCGUGCUUCAGGCUUCCCGCAGGGUAAUUAAAUGCUCGUAGCGCGGAAAAUUGUAGUGGCUCUCAGGCAUAAGGUAACCCCUUUGGUUGGAGUAAGCCCUCCGGUUUCUGUUUUUCUUUUUGGUUAUUUCAUUGCGAUUGCGGAACGCGGUUGAGGAUGGUGCACAGGGCGAAGGAGGGAGCACGAAGCAGUGAAGAUAAGAAAAACUAGUGCACUCCCAUCAACGAAAAGCGUGUUGUACUUAGGGCCUUACGCCAGUAGGCAUUUACUUCUAGUUGUUCACUUGUCAGCUGCUUGCGCAUUAGUCAAGAGUAAGCAGGGCUGGCGGCCCUGCCCUCGUGCCUUGUAGGCACGCGCAUAAGAGUGGGACGGUUGGCAGCUGGUGGCGGUUUAUCUAUCGCCUCUAAUCCACUCAUUUGCCCCUAGUUUUUUAUCAUCGGCGGGCUCGUAGGCAAUUAGUGCAUCAGUAAUAUAAGGAGGCUAGUGUACUCCACCUGCCGCCGGUUUGCGAACUGGAUAAAACUGGGGUCGCCGCCUUCCGGCGGUCUUGGCAUACAAAAAAAAAAGUGGGCCCGGGCAGGGUAAUUAAAUGUUCGUAUGGCGAGGAAUAUAGACCCAGGUCCCAAAAAAAAAAAAAAUGCUAAACGGCCAACUUCUGUCGAGAGUCGAGUGAAACCGAAACGCAUAAAUGCCACCUACCUACCUGGGUGACUUUUAUGCAUUUGGGUGACCCGCCAGUAGCCUUUUGGAAACUGAUUGGGGUCUAGAGUGUUUCCCACCUCUGUUAUGAGUGAGUCGAGAGACGCGGACUUGUUUACGGACAAAAAGCAAGAGGAUGGAAGACUAGAAAAACUUCAGAUCUUACGCGCAGCUUAAUUGAAAAGGGGGAGAGCGUCCCAUCGCUCUCCCUCGCCGAUCCUUUUAUCUCCCGCCCGCUCUUAGCAGAGAAGUGGCUAGCAGGCAUAAGGUAGCCCCUUUGGUAGGAGUAAUCCCUCCGGUUUCAGUUUUUCUUUUUGGAUAUUUAUUUCUUGGCGAUGGUGUUUGCGGAACAAGGUGGUCGAGAAGCGAUGGCGCGAAGCGUGAAGACCCUAGUAUAGAGUAGCUCCACCAAUGCGACGAUGUAUCUGAAGAUAUCUCAGUGAUUAUUCGCGGGCCGCCUCACUUUAAAAAAGUUCGGUCUCAGUAGUGGCGCCGCCCUCUGUGCCGAGUGUCCACAGCUUGAAGCUUCAGAUCCUAGCUAGCAAAUGGCCACAUCAAAGUUCUAGCUUUUUCCGUGUUCUUUUGUUGCAGGGUUUAGAUCUUGGCUCGCGGGGUUCAUCAGAUAUGCUCCAUGAUUGUUCUACUUAUGAGCCGUUGAUUAAUUUGCCCGUGGGGUUUCGGCUCUAGCUUUUCUGCGGCGAUGGCCGUUGCGCUUCAUCGUCUAGUAUUUUUAGGUGCCUGGCCGUUGUGCUUCAGGAUUCUCGCAGGGUAAUUAAAUGUUCGUAUGGCGAGGAAUAUAGACCCAGGCCCCAAAAAAAGCCCGGGCGGAGCGCGUGAAUGAAUGAACUUGGUGCGUCUGUCGUUCCUUUAGACCUCGUGAUGUUGAGAGACUACCGAUUAUAAGAUCAUCCGCCCUGUGUUAGCAUUCGAUCUGUGGAGUACUUUCGUUCUGUUAUCGUUUGAGAUUUCGCCGUCGUGGGAGAGAUAAUUAUCGGGAAAGGAGCCCCAAGCCCCUUUCUCGCGUCCGAUACUGUAUCUUACCUCCCGCAGCAACCCCGAUAUUUUAGAGUAGCCCUCACUUUAGUUUUUGCUAUGGUUUUACUCAUAGGUCCUAGCACCACUACGCCACUUUCUUUGUUUUAUGACCUAUGUACAUCCUACGCCUAUCUCUCCAUUGACUUCAUUCUUUCUAUUUCCCAAAUUUAGCCAUGCAGCUGCCUACGCUUAUAGGCCGACGACGAAGCGCAAACGAACCAAGGCCGCAGACCUUCAAGAAACCAGUAGGAGCAAGCUGACCCUAGUAUAGAGUAGCUCCACCAAUACGACGAUGUAUCUGAAGAAAUUUUAGCGAUUAUUCGCGGGCCGUCUCACUUUAAAAAAGUUCGAUCUCAGUAGUGGCGCCGCCCUCUGUGCCGAGUGUCCACAGCUUGCAGCUUCAGAUCUUAGCUAGCAAGUGGCCACAUCAAAGUUCUAGCCCUUUCCGUGUUCGAUCCUCAAGGGUUUAGUUCUUGUCUCUCGGGGUUCAUCCGAUAAGGUCCAUCAUUGUUUUACUUAUGAGCCGUCGACUAAUAUGCCCGUGGGGCUUGGGCUCUAGCUUUUCUGCGGCGAUGGCCGUUGUGCUUCAUCGUCUAGUAUUUUUAGCUGCCUGGCCGUUGUGCUUCAGGAUUCUCGCAGGGUAAUUAAAUGUUCUUAUUGCGAGGAAUAUAGACCCAGGUCCCAAAAAAAAAAAACCCGGGCGGAGCGCGUGAAUGAAUGAACUUGGUGCGUCUGUCUUAAUUGAAAACCAGGUUGCGAUGGAAGAUCCCAGCAUAUGACCUGGCGGUAAACUCUAAGGAAAGAGCUGACCUCGCCAGCAGGGAAGAUUAAGGCUUUGCGAAAUCCAUUUUUUCGUAGCAGAGAGGAUCAAGGCUUUGCGAAAUCCAUUUUUUCGUAGCAGAGAGAAUUAUGAUCAUAGUACGUUAGCGGAACGUUUACAGAAGAUCAUACGUUUAUAGAAGACCAUAUUUUCCCUGGAAUUCAGAAGAUUAUAAGGCUUUGCGAACUGGGAUUUACAAGAUGCUACCUACGUUAGAAAUAUACUGGAUCUUUUGUGUGAAACUCAUCGUUUUGUAUUAUGUGUUGCAUUGGAUUGCGUUGUAUUGUACUGUACUUCGGUGGUCCUUAGUAUUCCUUGAUGAAUGAUCGCAAUAUUUUGUACUGUACUUCGCAGUUUUCGCUAAGACGAGCAGGCGAGAGGGCAUAAGGCUCACAGGCAACGACAAAUGCAAGAGUUAUGGAGGACAGAAUCUUUCACGGUUUCUUUUUCAGCGCUUCGUACAACUGACUUCAACCAGAAGGUGCCAUAAGAUAAUAUGUCCACGACGCUAAUUGUUCUCUCGGCGCGUCGCAAAAGCCUAAAACGGAGGGAGGAAGAGGCAAAUACAUACUAGCCACUUUGCGUCUUUCUUAUUGUGUGGUACGUAUUGCUGUACAAGGGGUUAGUAGUUUAAUUGAUUCAUAUUGUGGUAGGUCUCUCUUGAUUUAAAUUGGAUUGGGAAGGCAGUUGCGGUCUAAGAAUGGACUUGGCCCUCUGUCUCUGUCAUUCUCAAUCUCAUUAUAAAUAUGGUGGAAUCGGCAACGAAGAUCCGAUACAGAAGAUUAGGUCUUUCAUGAUUGUCCACUGGGGAACAGUGAUUCUGCAUUUCAUCGAUGUGCUGGCUUGCGCGACGAUAUAGAAUUCAAUUGCUUUUUGUGGGACGAUCUAGAAUUCAACAAUUAUGCUUCUUGUACUAGGUAGCGGAAGCAGUGCAACAGCUGGUGCAGUGCCGACGUGAGAUUGCCAGGUUACGUUUGGAAAAAGCUGAUCUCUCUAGCUUACUGGAGGCCUUGUCGGACUUGGGAUUUGGAACGACCUUAUCUUAGGGUUAUUUUUCCAUCUUCAUUCAUAAAGUUCAACUUCGAGUCGUACUUGUGUGAAGAGGUGGUGCUCUACACUUACGUGGCAGGAGCUUUACUGUGAAGGAGCUAUCUUGUCUCGCCGAUGGCAAAUGAACAUUUGAGACGUAUGAUGUUGAAACUCAGCGUGAACAUUGCUCACUUUUUUUUUAUAGUUCUCUCUGAUAGUUGUAGUUUUUAUGGCCGUUGGCUUUGGUCUUAUGCUGCCCCAGCACUAUCUAAUUGUUUAAUUGAUUAAUAGGGAGGUAGCAUCUAUUCCUAGUAACGAAAAGAAAAGUCAACGCAGACAUUUGUGUGCGCACUGAAUGAAGGACGUCGAUACUGAUUGGCAGCUAGUAUUUUUUCCUCGCAAGAAUCAAUCAAGAAGAGGAGCAUCACUCAACCUGAAGGCGCCACUCAGGACGAGGCGAAGAUGAGAGACCACGUCUUCUAAUUUAGAGUGGAUACAGUAGACGGCGUUGCUUUCUUUUUGCAGCAAGCUGCGAGGAGACGCCAAGUGGAUAGGGAAGGCCAAGACAAACGAGACCACGUGGUGCUUCUCACGUGA